AUGAAAACACUGAGGUUGAAGUUCUCUAAAAUAACGCGGUUAUUGAAACAAGGUCGACUGUCCCCGUUAUUGAAGCUCACUGUUGUACUGGGAUCAGUGUGGAUGCUUUACCUACUCAGUGAACUGAGAACAGACUGGAGUCUUAACUACAGUAAGUGGGAGUAUACAGAUGUUGAUGGCGGUCCGGAGAAAGAGUGCAACUGUUCUGCAAUCCUGCAAGGAGAGACGAAGGCAGUGGAAAAGGCCAAAUUACUGGCCCUCUCUGAAGACUUCCGCAAGAGAGUUCGGAUCCCUGAUGAGUAUUACAUUAAUGCAGCCAAAGACUGCAGGAACUUCAAGUUAAGCAGGAAAUACUUGACAUUCCCGUUAAGCAAAGAAGAAGAGGAGUUUCCUCUGGCUUACUCUAUGGUGGUCCAUCACAAGGUGCAGAAUUUUGAGCGACUACUGCGAGCUAUUUAUGCACCUCAAAAUAUUUAUUGUGUCCAUGUGGACAAAAAAUCAGAGAGCUCAGUCUUUGCUGCCAUCAUGGCCAUCACCUCCUGUUUCCCAAAUGUCUUCAUGGUCAGACGGCCUGUCAGUGUGGUCUAUGCAGCCUGGUCACGAGUCCAGGCUGACCUUAACUGUAUGGCUGAUCUUUAUAAUGCCAGCACAGAAUGGAAAUACUUGAUCAACGUUUGUGGCCAGGAUUUCCCUCUGAAAACCAAUUUGGAGAUUAUACAGAUGUUGCGUUCAUUGAAGGGUCAAAACAACAUGGAGUCAGAACAAAUGUCAGCUGGAAAGAAAUGGAGGGUGACAAAUGUUCAUGAGCUAGUUAAUGAGGAAAUUAAGCGGACAGGAAAGCAAAAAGAGCCACCGCCCUUCAACCUGCCCAUGUUUUCAGGAAAUGCCUACAUUGUGGUCACUCGAGGUUACAUCCGCAGUGUGUUGGAAGAUGAUCGAAUACAGAUGCUGAUAGAGUGGGGCAAAGACACCUACAGUCCUGAUGAGUUUCUCUGGGCAACCAUUCAACGAAUGCCUGGUGUUCCUGGCUCAACAAGGCCCCAUAGUAAAUACGAUAUGACAGAUAUGAAUUCAGUUGCUCGGCUGGUGAAGUGGCAAUGGCAUGAGGGUCCACAGGAUUCCCUGGAAGCAGUGUAUUCAGAAUGCCAUGGUCAGCAUGUGAGGGGGGUAUGUGUGUAUGGUGCUGGAGACCUGCAAGGGAUCAUAGCUCAGCCUCACCUCUUUGCCAACAAGUUUGACAUCAACAUAGAUCCCAUUGCCAUCUACUGCUUGGAGAAAUACCUGAGACAAAAGGCGUUGGCUGAGUUACAUUAGGUGGAGACUUCUGUGUCACCCCAGAAUCAGCCAGGGAAGGGGGUGCUUGGCUCCCAACAAUGUCAAGUCAAGUCAGUGGUACAUACCAAAGUAGCAGGACCCAAUGUUGCACAACAGAAAAUUUUUGAAGUGUAACAAGAUUAUCAAUUACUCAAUUCACUCCCUGGUGGGCA